AUGACAGAUUUUAGCAUUGAUUAUAUAUUAAAUCGUGCCGGUGAGAAAUAUAUUGGUACGAAUGCUUCCGUGGGUGUUAUACAGAGAAUUAGAAUCAAAAGCUAUCAUCCUUAUAAUAAUAUUAAUCAAAAUAUUCCUACUGAUGAUAUGCAACAAAAUUAUGAACAAUUACCAUUAUACAAUUGGCUUCAAUAUACACGUUAUCAUCCGCCAAAAUUGCCAAGAUCUUUGCGAUGUGGUCCAGCGAAGCGUACCCCUGGGCGUUUACCACGCAUUCCUUUCACACCGGCACAAUUACACGCUUUGGAGAAUGCUUAUCGGGUUUCAAAUUAUCUCAGUGCCGAAGACGCGAACAAGUUAGCUGCUUCCCUGGAUCUAACAAAUACAAGAGUGAAAAUUUGGUUUCAAAAUAGACGUGCGCGUGAGCGACGGGAGAAGCGUGAUAAAGAGGACUAUUACGACUCCACACUUUCGUCUAACGCUUCAAGUCCGGAACCAGAAUCAGAACAAGAUAUGGUUAUUAUAGAAUAG